AUGACUACGCUGGUGACGCCAGAGAUCCUGGCGAUUGUGGAUCCUCUCGUUUCACAAAUAAAAAGAAGACAAAUCCUAGAUGAUAAGGCCGUGGCUUUGGAAGUCGCCCAUAUGCUCAUGAGGGUCAUUUCAGCCGUCAGAUGGACCAACCCUUACGACUUGAUUGCCGUGAUUAGAAAGGUGGGAAUUAUUCUUGAGAACGCCAGACCAACCGAUGUGAUUGCUGGAAACAUUGUGAGAAGGGUGCUUGCGUUGAUAAGAGACGAAAUCGAAACUGAAACCACUGACAACACCCCCAUGAUGAGCUCCAUGUUCAGCUUACUUUCUACAAACCAGAACAGCACGAAACGUAACCAGCCACACACCAAAAAGCAGCUGAGUGAUAUGCGUUCGAUCAUUAUCCAAGGUAUAAAGGAUCUCGUGGACGAAAUCUCCAAUGUCAAGGAGGAACUCGAGUCCAUGGCCUCUGACCUCAUUCACGAAAACGAAACCUUGCUAUGUGCUACUCCCACAUCCGACACUGUGUUGCAGUUUUUGAUCAAGGCCAGAAAUAAGAGAAAAUUCACGGUAUUGGUCACCGAAAGCUACCCUAACGAUUUGACUGACGCACAGAAGUUCGUCAAGACGCUAGCUGAAAAUAAGAUUGAGGCCGUUCUUAUACCCGAUAGCACGGUAUUUGCUGUUAUGUCCAGAGUCGGCAAGGUCAUUCUUGGAGCCAAUGCCGUGUAUGCCAACGGUGGCUCCUUGUCCAAUGCUGGUGUGGCUAAUGUGGUUGAAUGUGCAAAAGAGCAUAAGACUCCAGUUUUCGCUGUGGCUGGUUUGUUCAAGAUCUCCCCUAGGUACCCAUUUAACAGAGAAGAUCUCAUUGACGUGGGCAACUCUGGAAAAGUGCUCGACUAUGAUGACUACAAUCUUCUUGAAAAUGUCGAUGUGGUAACCAACCCAUUGGCGGACUAUGUUCCUCCAGAGCACAUCGACAUUUACAUCACGAAUAUCGGCGGUUUCGCCCCAUCCUUCAUUUACAGAAUCGUUUUGGAUAAUUACAAGGCUGAAGACAGUAAUCUUCAAUAA